GCACAAUUACGACUCUGCCCCGAGAUCAUCUAUUUUCCUGCUCACUAUUCUCAAUAUAUCCCGUAAUUUUAACGUUCUACAAGGGCACUUUUUUUUCUUUCUAUUUUCUACAUUCCUACAUUUUCAGCACCGCCCACUCUCCUCCCUCUCCCGCCACCUCGCCGCUCUGUCUCCCGAUUCUCCAGUAUCACACACAUAAAUAUAAACUGAAACGCGUGUAACACACAUCAAUAAGUCGGCCUUUUGUUACUUGUACCAUGCCGGAGAUAGAAAGGCAGAGAACAAGGCAUAACCGACAUGCGGCGAUUCGAGAACCAGCGAAAGCCAGAGUACCACUGAGACUCCUGCUUCGAGUAGCUUCAGUAGCCGGUGGAAUUCAAUUCGGCUGGGCACUACAAUUAUCACUCCUCACACCUUACGUGCAAGAGCUCGGAAUACCGCAUGCUUGGGCAAGCAUAAUAUGGCUAUGUGGACCGCUUUCAGGUUUACUGGUUCAGCCUUUAGUAGGUCAUAUGAGUGACAAGUGCACCAGUCGGUUCGGUCGCCGGCGUCCGUUUAUUGUCGCCGGAGCAGUGUCGAUCAUGAUAGCGGUGCUGAUCAUCGGUUUCUCCGCUGAUAUUGGCUGGCUUUUAGGUGAUCGAGGUGACAUAAAAGUGCGAGCUAUAGCGGCGUUUAUUGUAGGGUUUUGGCUUCUCGAUGUUGCUAAUAAUAUGACUCAAGGUCCUUGCAGAGCUCUUCUAGCUGAUCUUACCAUGAAGGAUCAUAGAAGAACUCGGGUAGCAAAUGCAUACUUUUCGUUAUUUAUGGCCAUUGGUAACAUCCUUGGCUUUGCAACUGGAUCUUACAGCGGCUGGUACAAGAUCUUCCCUUUCACCCUCAAUUCUGCGUGCACCAUCAACUGUGCCAAUCUAAAGGCCGCUUUUAUUCUCGACAUUAUUUUUAUUGCAACAACUACAUAUAUCAGCAUAUCGGCAGCGAAUGAGCAGCCUCUAGAUCCCAAUCAUUGCUCCUCUCAUACUGGAGAAGAGAUUUCCGAAACAAGCCAUGGCCAAGAAGAAGCUUUUCUCUGGGAAUUGUUUGGAACUUUCAAAUAUUUCCCAGGUAUUGUUUGGGUGAUCCUGCUUGUCACUGCCCUGACAUGGAUUGGCUGGUUUCCAUUUCUGCUGUUCGAUACUGACUGGUUUGGUCGAGAAAUUUAUGGCGGGGAACCAAAUGAUGGAAAGAAUUACAGUGCUGGAGUCCGAAUGGGUUCAUUGGGUCUAAUGUUGAAUUCCGUGCUUCUUGGAGUAACUUCAUUGCUCAUGGAGAAGCUCUGUCGAAAAUGGGGGGCUGGUUUCACAUGGGGAGUUUCAAAUGUUGUCAUGUCUCUCUGCUUUAUAGCAAUGCUUAUAAUUACUGCAGUUAGGAGUAACAUAGACAUUGGCCAGGGUCUUCCUCCGGAUGGCAUAGUUAUUGCUGCGCUAAUAGUAUUUGCUCUUCUUGGGAUCCCACUAGCUAUAACAUACAGUGUUCCAUAUGCUCUGGUAUCCUCAAGGAUUGAAGCUCUUGGGCUAGGACAAGGCUUGUCAAUGGGCGUUCUGAACCUGGCAAUUGUGUUCCCACAGAUCGUGGUUUCACUUGGAAGUGGACCAUGGGAUGAGCUAUUUGGUGGUGGCAACUCACCAGCCUUUGUUGUAGCUGCACUUUCAGCAUUUUCUGGUGGACUUGUAGCCAUCUUGGCAAUUCCUCGAACACGGGUUGAGAAGCCCAAGAUCCUUCCAUGAGGUUGUUGAUGUCAUGUUGAGAGAUGAGAUUGAUGGUGCUGGUAAUUCUCCAACAUUGGCUGAUGCAGGUACUUAAUUUUUCUGUUGUGGCCAUUUUGACUAUUCCUCAAUCCGAAGGCUGAAGAGUUCCUGGAGGUAUAUCCUUGUAUCCUAUUUUUUUGCAUUUUUCCGAUCAACCCACAAUUUGUAUUACCAUUUUGUAAAUAUAGAUCUUUCGCUCACGUGGUAUUGAUUCUAGCAUUCAAGAUAAUGUAUUCAAGAUUGUUUUGUUCCAUCAUUUACUUAGUUGCUCAAAUUGCUGUUGUGCAAUUCCCUUUGGUGGUUCUCUACUUUCUAGAUAAAGCAAAUUUCAAAUAUCAGUACAACUGUUCAAGAAAUGUUCAGUCUAUAAAGUGUGUAUUCUUUGUGCA